GGCCGGGGGAGCGGCGGCUGCUGGCUCUGCCCCUGCUAAUCCGCCGGCCUGGAGCUCCUUGAGCUCUGCUGCUGUGACAGGAGAGGGGUGGCAGUGACUGCAGGGAGAAGGAAGAGAAAGGAGCCCUGUCGCUGAGUGCUUCCAAGAAACUGAACGAAACUGUUGGAUAAAAAGCAGCGCUGUCCUGGUAGAUGCUACUGAAAUCACGGAGAGUCUCCAUAAACAACAGCCUUACAUAACUGGGCCCCAGGAGAGCAGAAACGUGGGAACUAUAAAGUUGUCCCUGUAGUUCUAACCACAUUCAUUGCAUUAUUUCAAUGUGCAGGCUGCAAUAAAGAAUGCAUCUUAAGCUGGUCCUCCAGCACAGAACAACAGAAAAACUGGCUGAAACCAUCGCUCAGACAAACUCUGUACGCUUGACAAGGAAGUGUGAGGAUGGGAAAUAGUGCAUUAAAAGCCCACCUGGAAACAGCACAGAAAACCGGUGUGUUUCAGUUAACAGGAAAGGGACUUACAGAGUUUCCUGAAGAUCUGCAGAAGCUAACGAGCAACUUAAGGACAAUAGAUUUGUCAAACAACAAAAUAGAGCUCUUGCCACCACUCAUUGGAAAGUUUUCCUUUUUGAAGAGCCUUGUUCUAAACAACAACAAACUGACUGCUCUGCCUGAGGAGCUGUGUAAACUGAAAAAACUGGAAACGCUGCAUUUGAAUGGCAAUCACUUGAGGCAGCUACCAGCUGCGUUUGGACAACUUUCAGCUCUCAAAACCCUGAAUCUUUCUGGAAACCAGCUUCGGACUGUGCCGACACAACUCUGUGGUCUUCGUCACUUGGAUGUGGUAGAUCUUUCCAAAAACCAGAUCCAAAAUGUACCUGACACUGUGGGAGAAUUGCAAGCUAUUGAACUCAAUUUGAAUCAGAACCAGAUUUCUCAGAUCUCAGUGCAGAUCUCCCACUGUCCACGCCUCAAAGUCUUGCGUUUAGAAGAAAACUGCUUAGAACUCAGCAUGCUUCCUCAAAGCAUCCUCAGCGAUUCCCAGAUCUCACUGCUUGCAGUUGAAGGAAACCUCUUUGAAAUCAAGAAACUUAGAGAACUGGAGGGUUAUGACAAGUACAUGGAACGCUUUACAGCUACAAAGAAGAAGUUUGCGUGAUCAUUGUUCUGAUCCUGUGUAUCCCUGAUAAGAAGAGUUAGUGACUGAGGCACCUGCUUCACUGACCUGAAGCAAGACUGGUGAAGGAGAUGUUCAGAGUACUCCGCUCUAGUAGUCGUACAGUCUGUUAAGGCCAUAUUGAAUAAACUGGAAUAGAGUACACGGGUACUGAACUGAUAAACCUGUCUAGGGGCCAGUUUUGAUUUUGAGCCAUGAUAGCUUUUAACACAAUAUAUGUUCUCCUUUGUCAGGGCUCAUUCUUUAGUAGAGAAAGGGAAAGAGCAUUUCAAAUUUGCCAGUUCCCCUUCAUCAGGAAGCUGUGUGUUAAGCUAUAAGAGUCAUUUCUCCUGGAAACAUUUUUCCAUGCUAGUACAUGGAAGUUUUGCUAUCAAAAGGAGAUCUGAAAAGUUGUAUAUUUUGCAGUAAGCACUGUUCUACAGAGAAGAACUUUCACAAAUAAUGUUUUAGUUCUUAACCUCUAUGAGUUUUUCUAAUGAAGCACAAAUAGUUAUGGCUGAAUUUAUAUCAACUGCUUUCAGUAAACAAAUCAUGGUUUGAGCAUCCUUCAUAGACUUUUCCCCAUAAGCAGGAAUUGCACUACAGUUCUAUUCUGCUUGAGCUGCAUCAAAUAAAAGAUGAUGUUUACCUUCAAUGUAUUCGGUAAAAUGUAUAUUGCUGGAAAAUAUAAAAUCCUUGCACUGACUGUUUGUAAAAGUCUUAGCUGUCACCCUACUGCUGCUGCCUUACUAUCAAAAGCAUCUAGAAAGACCUAAAAAUGUAUGCAGUUAUUUAACUUAUACUGAAAAUGAAAACAUACUUGUUUAUUUUAGUAAAUUGUUUUCAAAAAUGAAUUUCAAGCUUAUUUGGUGUAGCUGCUGCUGUUGUCACUUUAACCAAUAUUACAAAGGUAUCAUUAAAAAAAAUCACUUCAGAUACACAGUUCCAUCAGCUGCUGGUAACAGUUGUACUUCAACUGCUGUGAGACUGCAGAGAAGUCCAGUAUGUCAACACUGUGGUAGUAAUUCAGUUAAGAUGUACUGCAUCCUCAAAACAAUGAGGUAGGAAGAACUGUAUUAAGUGCUUUUCUUGGCAAAAUACAUGUAAGCAUGGAUACAUCUAUUCCUAAUGAGACUCUUACAGUCUCACUGAAUAUAUUAACUAGCCUUCUAUACCUAACCUUUCCUACACAAGGCUAGAAAGGCAUCUAUACAGUCAACUCCUGAAAGGUGCAAAUAUAAUUAUUAAGUGUACUCACUGUGGUUGUUAGCUGCAAACAGAAAGAAAACAUUAAGAAAAA